ACAUAUCACAUGAACACGUUGGGAGAAAACCAGGAAAUCAUGGGUUGUUUAGAGUGAAAGAAGAGGAGUAGCUGCAAUAAUCCUGUUUUCGACCAUGUCUCUUUACAAAAACAGUUCGGUUUUGGUUUUGUUAGUAUUACAUAUUUACGCUGCUGUGUCUAGCGAUGGAGUAAACCUCACCGUUUCAGAUUCAGCGGACAAACUGAAACAAAUCCCGUCUUCGAGCCCAGCUGCUGCUGCUGUGGUUAACUCGCCUGUGUUUAAGUCUGCUGUGGAUUCCAUCUUCUCCCUUAAUCUGCUGUCUUCCUUCCCUGAAGACCUGGAGAUAAGUGACUACUGCAGCGAUCUGCUUCACAUAUUUGGACAGCGGUAUGUCGCCUAUGUGAACUGCUUGGUGCCUGCUGCCCGACCUGUUAAAGUUUGCCAAAACUGUUUCUCCAGUUAUGGCAGUCUCAAGGACAUCUACAUGAACAUAUCAUCAGACAAGAUGGGUCCUGGUAAUGUGAGCUGCAGGGACAGCCUUCUGCGCAGUGAUCGGCUGAUGCUGGUUUAUCAGCUGUACAGCAACCUGAAGGACCUUUGGAGAAAAUCUGACUGUGACCACUGUAUCACUGUAGGAUUCCAGAGCCUGAAAAAUGACACGCUGUACUACAUGACCACCCUCAACCAAACUCUCACCUGCUUUGAGAAGUAUCAACAGGGGAACCAUUCAGAGCUGUGCAAAAACUGUAAGAACACCUACAAAGACCUGAAUGUGCUGUACAGCAGCAUGGAGAAGAAUCUGACUAUGUGUAUUGACAUAGAGGAUGCAAUGAAUAUGACCCGCAGACUGUGGAGUAAGACUUUCAAUUGUUCCUUCCCCCGUGAGGAGACGGUGCCUGUCAUCGCUGUGUCCAGCUUCAUGCUCUUUCUGCCCAUCAUCUUCUACUUGAGCAGCUUCCUUCACUCUGAACAAAAGAAACGCAAGCUCAUACACCCCAAACGGGCAAAGUCUUACACCAGUCUGAUAAACAUCCAGGACAAACUGAGCUGAAGAGGAGACAGGUGAUGGCUAGCAUGGAGGACGGCGUUCUUUUAUUCAAAGUUACAACUUGGGAGAUUUGGCCCCUCACCAUCUUGUCCCUGAGGUCUGACUGACCUCCAUGAACGCAGAGGACUCAACAGCAGCGUUCCCUGUUUGCUUUCAGGACGCUGUGAUACCAAUCAGUAUUCAGAGGACUUCAAGGAUCUAGAUAAAUAAAAGUGAAAGUGAAAUGCUUUGGGCACAUUAAACAUUUGCUUUCAUAUCCUUAAAACCUUCUUCUCAAAAUGUAGUAAAUGCCGUUGGAACACAAAACAGAAUUCAUAUUUUCAUAGAUUUAUUAGCAAAAUAAACAAAAAAAUACUAAUUGUAUACAGACUGUGUUUGAAUCUGCCUCUUUCUGCCAUAAUUUAAGAGCUGCUUUAUUUGGUUUACUUUUGUGACAUUUUAGAUAUUUAUUCAGCGGGACCUGUGUUGGAAUCAAGUUGUAACAAACUACUAAUCAGAUGGUUGUUCAUGUUGCUGCAUGGGAGGCUCGUAACCCUCAGGCACAUCCUGGCCUCUCCUUCCUUUCAACUCGUUAACAAUCUUCAGGUUGUUCACUGUCACUAGAAAGAGUGAGUGGCUUGAAUGCAGUGUGUGCAUGUGUGUGUGUGCGCGCGUGUGUGCAAGUGAGCUAAUGUGUGUAUGUGCUGUAUUUAUGGGUUGAGAAAUGGGUUUUCUGUCUCUAAUGUAUGUCCCGAAGAGAGCAGCAAAAAGGAAACACUUGAUGUCCAUUAGUGGUGACAUGUAUCUGCUGUAAGAAGAGGGGGUGCACAUCAGUGGGGAUGGAGGGGGAUGGGGGCGUAAAUAAAGACAUAACACACAUAAUGUAAGAGCGCUCCAAAGUACCACACUGUGAUGUUGCCUGUUUUCCAGUCAGUGUUUUAUGUGGCUGCAUAAAGCUUUUAAUGUGCUUUGUUGUCAUUUUCCAUUGAUGUUUAACUUAAUUUGUUAAAGGUUUGUGACUGCUCAUAAUGGUAAAGUCUCCUUUAUGAAUUAUGAGUGAUGAAUUGAUGAAUUUUGCCAAUUAGAAAUGCAUUUGCUGUGAAGUAAUGUAAUCCUUAAAUUUGAAUGCAUAAGCCCAAAUAAAUAUUUGUAGGUCAGAAACAACCUACAGAUGGA